UUGCUUACAAAGUGAAAUUUUUUUAAUCUUUUGUUGUAUGUAAGAUGUAAAUGUUAACAUAUUGUGUAUCGUUUAGUAUAAUGUUUGGAGAGAGAGUGGUUCGGAGCAUUUGACGUAUGCUAACUUCUGCAUGUCUGGAGUGACGUAGGUUGAUAUCAAAUAUUUUAUUGUGACUCAAUCUUCCACGUAAACAAAAAGAACAAAGAAUAUUUUAAACACAUGUCAAAAAUAAUGUGUAGAUAGUACUGUGUCAACACAUUGAAUAAUGAGUAAUAAUUCAGUCAGACGUAUUUUUCCAUAAAGACAAGAUAAAUUUUUUUUUGCAUAAUUUUUUCAAGUUUUGAUAAAACUACACAAUGGUGCUUCCUCCUGAUACUCCUCCGGGAAUAAAAAUUAUCAAUUCAUUAUCAGCGAAAUGUUGCCCUCAAAGAAGAAUGAAUAAAUUAGCCUGGCACAGAGCUGGGGUAUUAGGGCUUACAUAUUUAGCAUAUACAUGUUACCAUAUGUCAAGAAAACCAAUAUCUGUUGUAAAAAAUGUAUUAAAUUUAAAUUGUAGUAGCUUAUCACCACCACCCGAUUUGAUAAUUGAUGAUACUAAUCGCUAUACAUGGUGUGAUUGGGCCCCAUUUGACACCCCUGAUGCGCCUGCAUUACUAGGAGCCUUAGAUUCGGCUUUUUUAUUUGCUUAUGCCGCAGCAAUGUUCCUCAGUGGAUUUGUAGCUGAACGAGUUAAUCUUAGAUACUUUUUAUCACUAGGUAUGAUUGCAUCUGGAAUAGCUUCAUAUUUAUUUGGUAUUGCAAAGCCAUACAAAAUACAUAGCAUGUGGUAUUUUAUUCUAGUUCAGGCACUUGGAGGAAUUUUUCAAACAAGUGGAUGGCCAGGUGUAGUUACAGUUGUAGGUAAUUGGUUCGGUAAAGGUAAAAGAGGUCUUAUAUUUGGUGUAUGGAAUUCACAUACAUCUUUAGGAAAUAUACUUGGUAGUUUAAUAGCAGCUGAAUAUGUGGAAACAAAUUGGGGUUUUAGUUUUAUCGUACCUGGAAUAUUAAUGGGCUGUGCUGGUUUUAUAAUAUUUUUAUUUCUUGCUCCUCACCCUGCCGAUGUUAAUUGUGUAUCGCCCAAUCCACCAAAAUUUAAAAGAUUAAACGCAACAACUAGUUCUGAUGAAGGAACUACAUCUAGUGACGAUGUUGAUAGACAUCUAGUAAGCGACGAUGACCAAUUCAUCCAUCGUGUUAAUUGGCACCAGCAUGGCUUUGAUCCUGAUGUAGAAAAUUUAAGAUCUGAAACGAGUCCUAUGCUAUCGGUGAACAGACGUAUGCAUGGUUCCAAAGAAACAGCAAUCGGAUUUGUUGGUGCAAUACAAAUACCUGGGGUCUUUGAGUACUCUCUUUCACUUUUUUUUGCUAAACUCGUUAGCUAUACAUUCCUCUAUUGGCUGCCUUUAUACAUAAGUGCAACAACUACUUACAGUGCUACAUUAAGUGCUGAUUUGUCAACAUUAUUUGAUGUCGGUGGUAUAGCAGGAGCUAUCGCAGCUGGAGUUUUGUCUGACUACAGUGGAAUGAGUGCAAUGACAUGUGCAUCGAUGCUCGCAUUAGCAAUACCAAUGCUAUUUAUAUAUGAUUACGUUGGGAGCUCAAAUCUUGCUACAAACAUUGUACUGUUACUGUCGGCUGGAUUAUUAGUAAAUGGGCCGUAUGCAUUGAUAACGACAGCAGUAUCCGCAGAACUUGGAACACACCCCAGUCUUGGAGAUAAUUCAAAGGCUUUGGCAACUGUAACAGCAAUAAUUGAUGGUACCGGAAGUAUUGGUGCUGCUGUAGGUCCAUUAUUAGCAGGAGUUGUAUCUAGAUGGACAGGCUGGCACAAUGUAUUUUAUAUGUUAAUGUUUGCUGAUCUCUUAGCUUUAUUAUUAUUAUCUAGAUUAGUUUACCGAGAAUUAAGAAUGUAUCGACAACGGCGACUGGCUGUUUAAAUUAACUUGCAGAUUAUCAAUUUUUAAUACCAUAUUUUCAUAUUAAUAUUUUUAAUAAAUAAUAUUAAUGAUAUUGUUAAUGAUUACAUUUAUAAAAAUUUACGUUCUAUGAAUGAUAAAAAUGUAUUUUUAAAAUUAAUUAUAAAUUAUAAAUACGUGGUAUAGUAAAUACAUGAUUUUUUGACAAAAUCAA